GGCAAUGGGACCCCCAUAUGAUGAAGCUCCUUCUUCCAUCAGCCUGUCGUUCUAACCGUCAGAUCCACGGUAUUCACUCCGUCUUUCCUCUCCUUUUCCCUUCUAACGGUCCCCUUUUCUUCUGCUCAAUCGUUGGCCGCUGUUGCCGUCGGCGGGCUCUCACUUUGUUAACGGAACUUCUACUCGUUUUCAUACCCCAAGCUUACCUAUUGAUAUAAGAGGAAAGAGGGAGAGAGACUCACUUGUUCAUAUCCCUACGCUCGCGGAUGGGCAUGGACUACUAUAACAUACUGAAAGUGAAUCGGAAUGCGAGUGAGGACGAUUUGAGGAAGGCCUACAAGAGGCUAGCGAUGAUUUGGCACCCAGACAAAAACCCAGUUAAUAAGAGGGAAGCCGAGGCCAAAUUCAAGCAAAUUUCUGAAGCCUACGACGUUUUGAGCGAUCCCCAAAAGCGUCAGAUCUAUGAUCUCUAUGGCGAGGAGGCUCUCAAGUCUGGUCAGUUCCCGCCACCUUCGCAAUCCUCCUCUUCCAUGUCCUCCUCGUCUUCUCGUGCUUACCAGCAUUUCCAAAACCAACAACGCCAGCAUAGUACCACGUCUUAUCGGUUUAAUCCUAGGGACGCCGACGACAUUUACGCGGAAAUUUUUGGGUCGGAGAAUGGUGGUGCUGGUGGUGGAGGUGGGAGAAACGGUGCGCAUAGGGAUGGUUUUUUCAGAACUUCAAAUGGUGCGUUUGGUGGAGGGACGAGGAAAGCUGCGGCGGUGGAGACUCUUUUGCCGUGUAGCUUAGAAGAGCUCUACAAAGGUGUCAAGAAGAAGAUGAAGAUCUCAAGGAAUGUCUGUGAUGCCUUUGGGAAGUUUAGGAAUGUGGAGGAGAUAUUGACUAUCGAGGUGAAACCUGGUUGGAAGAGAGGAACAAAGAUUACUUUUCCUGAGAAGGGUAACCAGGAGCCUGGUAUCAUUGCAGCAGAUCUUAUAUUUGUGGUGGAUGAGAAGCCACAUGCUGUUUAUAGGAGGGAUGGUAAUGAUCUGGUGAUCAACCAAGAGAUUACUCUUCUAGAGUCCCUUACAGGUAAAACCCUAGACCUGACUACCUUAGACGGAAGGAGUCUCGUGAUCCCACUGACCGAUAUUGUCAAGCCUGGUGCUGAGAUUGUUGUCCCUAGUGAGGGAAUGCCCAUUUCGAAAGAACCUGGGAAGAAGGGCAAUUUGAGGAUUAAGUUUGAGGUUAAGUACCCGUCGAGGCUAACCCCAGAGCAGAAAUCUGAGCUGAUAAGGGUUUUGGGUGGGAAUGGAAUCACAAAUGUUUGAGUUUGCUCUCACGGGUGUAUGUACGUUGUAAAUAUAUCGUGUGCAUGCUGUUGAUGAAUGUGAAUACAAGGAAUAUUCUACGGGUGAAAGUGUUGACAAGCGGGGCAUAAGGUGGAUUCAUAGUCAGAAAGUUUGGAUUUUUCAUGCAGCCUGGGGAACAUAGCUAACAUUUGCAAAUGGGUGGGAAGUUUAACCUAAUUGGGUAGUUGGUGGAUAAUCUCCAGUGAGUUUCCACCAUUUGGCGCAAGCUCUUUUCUUUUGGGCCUUUUUUUUUACUUUAUAUUGAUGCAGGUACUAUUAAUCACUAGUAUUUAUGGAGUUAUGUCCUUGGUCAUGUUCAUAUCAUGGAAAAUGUACAUAUUGAUACGUCAUUUUACAUUGAGGUUUAAUGAAUGGUUACUUCUUAUAAGACGUGGGACCAGGGCGGGCCUCUAUUUUCACUGCCGCGAACCUGGGGUGCAUGAGCUGAGGUUUGGCUUCUCUAAGCCCUCCAACAAUUGAUGGUUAGUUGUGAAUGAAUCCAAUGUUUUAUUGCCUCCAACCAAAUCACCGAAGCUGAAAGAAGAGAUUGAGGUGGUGAGGAGACCAAAGCAUAAGCAGUUGGAGCAACAGAAGAGGCAGAAAGUAUAUACUUAUCUGAUUCUAAAUAUAAAACUUAUUUUGUAGUGUAAAUUGCACUACAAAAUAGUUCUUAUAUUUAGAACCAGAAGAAUAUAUAACAUGAUUUCUAACAUGUAUUGUAUAUGAACUUAAGAUAAAUAUUAUUCAGAUGA